GCAACGUACGCAGCGUUACGCGCCUGGUUAGCAGAAGCCUUAAGUCCAUUCCUUCCGCACGCGCUAUAUACACUGACUGACAGCACGCAACGAAGGACAAACAGGCAGGUGAGGUUGCUCUCUGCCUCACAACCGGCACAUUCACACUCUUCCACAUUUUGCAUUGCAUCAGGUACGCGGCGAGGACGCGUGGCGCUGUAAGCUAGAGGAGCUUAGAGGAGUCUUGAAGCCCCACCACACGAUGAAAAGCAUUUUGAUUACGGGUUGCAAUCGGGGUCUCGGAUUGGGACUGAUCCGGUCGUUGCUCCGACAGCAGCAACAUCAGCAACCGGAGAAAAUAAUCACGACGUACCGCGUACCGGAAAAGUCCAAGGAACUGCUGGCGCUGGCCAAACAGCACGCGCAAAUCAUUCCAUUGCAUGUCGACCUGCGAGACUUUGCGCGGUACGAUCAGCUGGUCCAGCAGGUGGACUCCAUCGUACAGGGAGCCGGGCUGAAUGUGCUGUUUAAUAAUGCGGGCAUUUCACCCAAAUCGACGCGACUCAACUUUACCAAAUCGGAGGAUCUAGUAGAGACGUUCGUGACGAAUACGGUAGCGCCGAUAAUGCUGACGAAGGCGCUCGUACCGCUGCUGAAGCGGGCAGCUGAUGGGCAACCUACUGCACCGGUCGGCCCCGGUCGGGCCUGUAUCGUCAACAUGAGCUCGAUCCUUGGCUCGAUUCAGUCAAACCGGGAGGGUGGUCUGUACGGGUACCGCACGUCCAAGGCGGCACUGAACGCGGCCACCAAGUCGAUGAGCAUCGAUCUGCAGGGCAACGGCAUUAUGGCGGUGGUGCUACACCCGGGUUGGGUAAAAACCGAUAUGGGUGGUCCGAAGGCACCUUUAGCGGUAGACGAGAGUUGCGACGCGAUGGUGCAAACGUUGCUCUUACUGAACCAAUCGAACAACGGCCAGUUUCUACAGUACGACGGCACGGCACUGCCCUGGUGAGUUGACCAAAUAGACUCCACCAAUGGGUACCAGGCUGGUUACCGAGGAUCGUGUUGUACCUUUUUUAAGUGCGUUUUCAAUGAGCAUAAACCCCGUUGAACUUAUUCAUCUUAAUGAAAUGAACAGAUUAACAUAA